AUGGCGACUGAACACCACAACGCUACUCAUGAUCAAGUGACCCUUUUCGCUGAGACGUCCUCCCUGUUACAGAAUGAGUACACGCUGGAGUCAAGGAUUUCUCCGCAAAAGGGUAGACCGUUGGAAAAGCUACAGCUGGCCGCAUUGUGCGCGAUUAGGCUGGUUGACCCCAUCGCAUUCACACAAAUAUUCCCCUACAUCAACGAGAUGCUGCAGGCCAUGCAUGUGACAGAUGAUCCGUCGAAAAUUGGAUUUUAUAGCGGUAUGGUCGAGAGUGCAUUCGCGAUCGCUCAGUUGAUAUCGAUCUACCAGUGGGCACGUCUAUCUGACGUCGUCGGACGACGCCCUGUUGUAAUACUGGGUACUGUGGGCAUCGCCUUUACUUCUUUCAUGUUCGGCCUUUCGAGAACUCUCGCCGGAGUUUUAGCAGCGCGCGCCUUGGCUGGGAUCUUUUGUGGCAACGUCGCCGUGAUCCAGUCAAUAUUGGCUGAAAUUACGGAUUCAUCAAACCAGGCAAUUGCGUACCCUCUCUUCGGGCUUAUGUGGCCUCUUGGUGUCAUUGUUGGGCCAUUAUUAGGCGGUGCCUUGUCAAAGCCAAACGAACAGUUUCCGCAGGUCUUUGAUUGCGCAUUCUUCAGAACUUUCCCCUACUUCCUACCGUGUGCUGUUGCCUCAUGCAUCUGCCUCUUAGGUGCUGCACUAGCUCUCCUAUUCUUAGAAGAGACGCUGCCGAUCAAAACACGCAUGAUCACUCGCGAUUACUCUGUGUCAUAUGGUGCUGCAGACCACGACGAUGACAUGAAGCGGGAGUUACCGCCUCCAAGUGCCAAAGAAAUUCUGUCGCUGCCAAUAAUUCGUGCCAUAUGUGCUUCUGGAUUUGCCCUGAGUUUCGUCGAGACCGCAUUUGAUGUUGUCUUUGUCCUCGUGUGUUAUUCACCGAUAUCCUCAGGUGGUCUACACUUUUCGCCGUCAGAGAUCGGUUAUUCACUCGCCACGUGUGGCAGCUUAGCUGCUUGCGUUCAGCUUUUCUUGCUUCCCGUUGUCCUGAGGCGAUUCGACACCGCCAGAGUGUACACUUUUUGCAUGGGCUUGUGGCCAUGCGUCUUUCUGAUGAUGCCCUUGCUGAACGCUAUAGCGAGGUCCGGCUUGCAAGACGACGAAGUAAGCGUGGAUGCGAAGGCAUUGGUAUGGAUAGGUGUGGCGAUAAUGCUGGCACUCUCUCGAUUAGGUUGCCUCGCAUACUCGCUUAAUAUGAUCCUAGUUAAGGAGAAUGCUCCGAGUGUUGCGGCCCUAGGCGCCACCAACGGUAUAGCGACCUUCGCACAGUGUUUUGCCCGCGCAAUCAGCCCCGCUGUUGUAAGCUCGCUAUUUGCUUUGUCCUCGGAGAAGCAACUGUUACGAGGGUACAUGUGGGUCGCGACCAUGGUCGCUAUAUCUAUAUUCGGAUGCAUACUUUCGACGGGCAUAGCGGAAGGUAGGAGGGUGGUUAGGUCCUCCAGGUAAAGCAUCAUCCAAGACGACACACUAAUUUAUUUCUUCACGACCUCUUCACGAUGUAAUGAUACCCCACAUCACGUUGGUUGCGCAUGUCAGUCGAUACUGCAAUAAAAUCUUUUCAUGACAGAAG